AUGGCCUACCCGUAUCCGCCCUAUAUGCAGGCACACCCGCCGCCGGGCUACGGUGCGCCCGGCUCGACAGGCUACUUUACGACGCAGAAUCUCGGUGGCUUCUACGCACCCAUCUCCAGCAACCCCCCGUUUGCGGCCCUGCCACAACCGCAGCUGCUCGGUAGCGCGGGCAGUGGCGGCGCCAUGUUCAAUUGCUGGCCCGGCGCGCCUCAGGAGCAGGAGAAAAACAAGGGAGAAGAAGCCACCAAGCCGGUACAUAAGACGCAGCGAACAGGCAGCCGAGAGCACGAGCAGCGUGGCCGCCGGGACGGCGGAAGCAAGGCCAAGACGAAGAAGAAACCGGGACCUCGCCUGAUGCCAUGGGACCAGGUGGUGGAGAGUUUGAACGAGAAUACAGCCGACAACAAGAAAGCGGCCGACGACAGGGACCACGACGAUAACGACAAUGAUGACAACGAGGACGACGGAGCGUACGAUCAUUGCGACUACAGCGCCAGUGAGGCCUGCUCUGGCUCCGUUGCCGAUUCCCAGACCGGCGGCACCUCAGGCGACGACGUCAACGACGGCAUGACCGAAGUCGUCAUCCAGCCAGGUGGCUCCGCGCAUGUCUUUGUACACCUUAACCGCCUGGAUCGCUCGCCCAACACGACGGCCUUUGUCGUCUCGGCUCGGCGGAUGCAGAGCAUUGCCCACAACUGGCCACGCGUGUGCCACCAGGGCACCAACGACUACGACCUGUCGGCGACCGACGAGGCGGCCGUGCUCGGCAUGUAUUGGCUGCUGCAGGUGCUGCACAUGGAGGUGGAGACGCCUCCCGAAUUUAGCUACUAUCAUGGGCAUGGGAGCGAUUCCGACGGUACCAGCAACAGCAAAAACAACCAAAACAACCAAAGCAACAACGGAAGCGGAAACGGACACCUACGCCCCGGCCUGGCUCCGGCGACGACGCCGUCCCGUGCCAUAGUACACCCACCGGCCAUUCCGCCCGAGCUGCCGGCCCGCGUGCUGGCCUACGCCACGCUUUUUGCCCACCAGUUGGGCGUUCUGGAGGGCGAAGAAGAGCACAAGCUGCUGCAGACCAACAACCAGUACGAUGCCGCCAUGCCGUCGUCGCCCCAAGGACCUGCGGGCGCAGGCCGUUUCCGGAACCGCGCCGAGACCUGGAUGCGCGCCGUCACCAGCAACCCGCGCUGCCGCCGCACGCUCGACGGUGCCAUCGUGCCGCCGGCCGACUGGCCGUACGUGCUGUUCACGGCGCGCGUGCUGGGCGACCGGCAGCUGUUUGCCGUGUGUCUGCGGACGCUGCUGGAGCGGUGGUGGCUCAACGAACGGGGUGUGUUUUGUGACGUCAACGGGCCAGCACGGAUUGACUUGCUGCCCGAGGCGAUGCGCGAGAUUGUGCUCCGUGAUCUGACCUCGUUUAAAAACGCACGCGAGCGGUCGGUCGAGUCGAUUGUCAAUGGCGCGAUGAAUGCGUUCUACUGA